AUGGACUCGAACCAAUUCCGCGAGGCGGCCCACGCCGCGAUUGAAGAAAUCAUCCAGUACUACGACACGAUCGAAUCGCGGCGCGUCCUCUCCGAUGUCGAGCCCGGCUACCUGCGCGAGCUGAUCCCCUCGGCGGCGCCCCAAACCGGCGAGCCAUGGACGACGAUCCAGCCGGACAUCGAGCGCGUCAUCGUGCCGGGGCUGACGCACUGGCAGUCGCCCAACUUCAUGGCCUUCUUCCCGUCCAACUCGACGUACCCGGGCAUGCUGGGCGAGCUGUACAGCGCGGCCUUUACGGCGCCGGCGUUCAACUGGCUGUGCUCGCCGGCCGUGACGGAGCUGGAGACGGUGGUGCUGGACUGGCUGGCGCAGCUGCUGGCGCUGCCCGAGUGCUACCUCAGCAAGGGCGAGGGCGGCGGCGUCAUCCAGGGCAGCGCGAGCGAAGCCAUCGUCACCGUCAUGGUCGCGGCGCGCGAAAGGGUGUUGAGGAAUCUGGCUGAGGGGCUGGAGGGCAAGGAGAGGGAGGACAAGAUCGAUGCGUCGCGCGGCAAGCUCGUCGCGUUGGGAAGUGAGCACGCGCACAGCUCGACGCAGAAGGGCGCCAUCAUCGCUGGUACUAAGUUCAGGGCCGUGCCGGGCCUGCGCGAGGACGACUUUGCCAUGACGGGCAGGACGCUGAGGAGGGCGCUCGAGGACUGUGAGAAGGACGGCCUGGUGCCGUACUACCUCACGGUCACCCUCGGAACGACGUCGACGUGUGCGGUGGACAAGUUCUCCGAGAUCGCGGAGGUGCUGAAGGAUUAUCCUAACGUCUGGGUGCACGUCGAUGCUGCGUAUGCCGGGGCGGCGCUGGUGUGCGAGGAGUACCAGCAUCUGACUCCUCCCCUCGCCCAUUUUGACAGUUUCGACAUGAACAUGCACAAGUGGCUGUUGACGAACUUCGACGCCAGCUGCCUCUUCGUCAAGAAGCGCUCCGACCUCACCACCGCCCUCUCCAUCACCCCCUCCUACCUCCGCAACGCCUUCUCCGACUCCGGCUUGGUCACCGACUACCGCGACUGGCAGAUCCCGCUAGGCCGCCGCUUCCGCUCGCUGAAGGUGUGGUUCGUGCUGCGGUCGUACGGCGCCGAGGGCUUGAAGGCGCACAUCCGCAAGCACGUGCAGUACGGCGAGCUGUUCAACGAGCUCGUCCGCGGCCGUCCGGACAUCUUCGAGCUCGUCUCCGGCCCCAACUUCGCCCUCAACGUCCUCAACAUCGUGCCCCGUCGCAAGUGGCUCAAGGGCCGCCAGCGCCGCGUCAGCGCUUCCCAGCCCGACCCGGACCACGAGGCGUAUCUGAACGACUUCACGUCCGACGCCGAGAAGCACGCGCUGCUCGAUGCAAACGAGAUUACCAAGGAGGUGUACGAGACGAUUAAUAAGCGCGGCGAGAUCUUCUUGACGAGCGGGAUUGUUGCCGGCGUGUACGUUAUCAGGGUCGUUGCGAGCACGCCGCGCGUCGAGGAGAGGCAUAUCAGGAAGGCGUUUGAUAUCCUGGUCAAGACGGCUGAGGAGGUCUUGAACGGCAAGGAUGCAGGUGCGUCGGCGUGA